UGUUUUCAUUUGUAACGUUUUUAAAUCGUUUGGACAAUUAAAUUGUGUGGUUAUUGGAUUUUUUUUCUGUGAUUAAUUGUUUUCUUCUUAAAUAAUUAAACAAAUAUGAAUGAAGAUGAGAUUGACAUUUCCUCUUCCUCUUCGUCUUCAUCGUGUUCAUCUCGAUCUGCAUCACCAACCAGGAAUAAAUUGUCCUCCGAUAAUAAACAAAUUGAUUCCUCAUUAGUAGAAGAUCAAGAAAUAUGUGGCAUGGAAUCUGAAUUACCGGCACCUUCAUCAGUCCACCAACAAUUAAUCAGAACGGAAGGAGAAAUUGCCUUAGAUGAAUUACCACCGGUGGAACCAUUAGAUUUGAAAGCUCCUCUUGAAGAACUUGAUCAAAUCGGAAGAGUUUCAAACAUAACCGGUAAAUUAGUGAUUGUAAUUUCUUUCAAAGGUAAACCACCAUUAGACCUUGAUUCGGUUCUAUUUCUCCGAGACUGUUCACCCUUGGGCAGAAUUCAUGAUACCUUUGGUCCAGUCGUGAAUCCAUUUUAUGCCGUUCGGUUCAAUUCCCUUGAAGAGAUAACCAGUCGAGGCAUUCGAGUCAAUAGUCCAGUUUAUUUUAUCCCCAAUUGGCCUGAACCUUUGACCAAAUACGUUUUCUAUCAAGAUUUAAAGAAACUUAAAGGAUCAGAUGCUUCAUGGAAAAACGAUAAUGAACCACCGGAAGAAUUGAUAGAUUAUUCCGACGAUGAAGAGGAACGUCAGGCCAGGAAGGAUCGAAAAAGAAAAGUUAAUCAAGAUGAAGAUGAUCCACCAAUCGAAUCAAAUGAUUUACAAAGGACAGAAGGAGAAUCGGACAUUUCCUUGAAUACAACUGAAUCAAUUGAGGAAUCACAACUUGAAAUUGAAAUUGAAAAAGAAACUCUUGCCUCCGAUGUUGCUAAUUGCUCUUUAUCAACUUAGAUCAACAAUCAGUCAACUAAUCAAUGUACAUGAUCAUCGCCAUUACAAUUUUUUAUUUUUUUAUUUAAUAUUUGCUUUGUAUAUUAGAAAGUGUUUUCUAUUUAUUCACAAUUAAUUUUCCACUUUCUGGUCAUUGAAUUAAAUUGCAAUUCAAUUAGUCAA